CACAUUUCCAUUGUUUCAUGUGCAUGCUUUUACACAUGUUUCUCUUUUUUGAUUUAAACCAAUAUGGCAAAGGUUCAAAAUAUUUUAAAAGUUAGAAAGCGUUCAAAAAAAUCGGCGAAUAAAAAUGCUUCAUUUUUCUUCACUUUGUUUUUCGUGGUGGCUUGCUCAGCUCUACUUGUUCUAAAGUCCGAUCGAAAGUUGAAAGCACCAAGAGCAAUUUUUUAUCGAUUUAUUAACAGAAGGUUAUCAUCAGCAAGGAUUAAAAACCAUCUAAUAUUUAAAUCAUUCCAAGAUGUUGUUACAGACGAGACAACGCAAACUUUUAAUCCACUCAUCACUUCAACAAAAAUGCUAAAGACUGUCCCACGGCAUGUGUCAGUUAUAUCUCAUAUUGGUGUCCCAGUAGUUUACAGAACUUCCAUGGAAGCUGUUGGAGCUUGGAUGAAGGAUUCAAUGUCAAGAAAUCGAAAAAUUUUUGUGUUUGAAAAACAUUUUGGAAAUAAUCGCGUUCAUGUUUAUACUGAUGCAACUGAAAAGGAUCCAUCACAUGAUAUAAUACUUCCUUAUGAUUGGGGAGGAACAGGUCAUGUGGUAUUGAAUGGCAGCAUUUACUACAACAAAUUCAACACGUCAACAAUUGUUCGAUGUAGCAUUACAGACCAUGAAAUAAAAGCUGAACGAAACCUCAGUGGUGCAGGUUUUGCCAACCAAUCCCCAUAUACUUGGGGUGGAAGUAGUGAUAUUGAUUUUGCUGCAGAUGAAACUGGCUUAUGGGUUAUUUAUGCGACACAAGAAAAUGAAUGGAAUAUUGUGAUAAGUCAGUUGGAUGUAUUAUCAUUAAAAAUUUUAUCAACAUGGAAAACCAGAUGUAAGAAGAAAGAUAGCGGCAAUGCUUUUAUUGCACGAGGCGUGUUGUAUGUGUUGCAAAGACAUGAAAUAUCAAAGAAUUCAUUUAGUUUUGCAUUUGACACAACAACACAAACCACGUUUUAUCCAAAAAUUGAAAUUAAAACUAAAUUUAUGUUUGUAACGAUGCUAGAUUAUAAUCCAACAGACAACAAGUUGUAUGCAUGGGAUCGGGGAAACUUGGUUACUUAUGAUGUUUUAUUCAACUUGUAAUUAUUUUAUAACGCUGCAUCUUUACUGCUUUCUUAUUUCUACUGUUAUUGGUUUCAACUUGUUGUCAUGAAAUUAAAGUUGACUGAAACUUAUAUUAUUCUAAUAAAUAUA